AUGUCAUCUCCCAUUUCGACAGACCGAAUCUUGCGGUUUCCCAGAUCUGACGAGACUGGGGGUUUUGUACUGGUUCAUGUCUCGUGCACCAGUCCUGCGCCGCUCGAUCUGAGGCUGACGGCUACUGAGGGGGAAUCACCCUAUGUUAGCUCAGUGAAACAAACACGCCUAAAGGACCUUCAAGCCAAAAACUACCAAGGAUCGGAUGAUGAAUGGUUUAAAACAGUCUCACUCAUUCUGGGACAAUGUUCUGCCCCCCCGGAUGAGCCGGAUUGGGCCACUGGCCUCGAGGCUUCGGCCAAUAUAUCGGGUUCUGACGAAAACAAGGAAAUUGUGAUUACGAUACGCAAGCGAGUCCAAACUAUCACACAACGCCUUGGUGCCUUUAUCCUCAAACAAGACGAUGAACAAGCUGUCGAGCUGUUUGAAUGGACAGGAAUCACUGCGGCUAGAGUUCACAUGCUAGAGCAGCAAGUAUCCAGCCUGACUGCCCAUUAUCGCCUUGCCGAAGAUACCAUACAUAGGCUGAAUGAACAACUCGAGGAGCUGAUGCAUGCGAAAACCGAGCAUGAGAAUCGACUGGUGGCCAAGUUUGUGCAAGUCUUGAACGAGAAAAAGCUCAAAAUUCGUAACCAGCAACGUCUUCUGGCAUCAGCCACUGUGGAUGCUACCAAAGUCUCUGAGAUACAAGCUAGCAUCCCCGAAAAGUCACAUGGAACCGCUGAGAAAUCUCAUCCAGCAAAGAGAAGUGCUCGUAGGAUGAGCGACACAGACAACUCUGAUGAGUUCGAACAAAUGGAUAUUGAUCCAAUAAAGACUGAUCAAGGUCCCUCCACCAAUCAAGACACCGAUGAUGAAGAGCGUUCGACCCCUCAUCCUUUGGACGACGAACAAAACAAUAGCACGACGGACGACGAUUCGUCACAGGAUGAACCCGCCCAGUUGAAGCGGGCCUCUCCGGCGAGAGACACCGCGCCGCCUCAAAGACAUUUGCCAUUUGCCAAAAGGACUAGCGGGCCCAUCAAGAGGACUGCUCCAACCCAGCCCAGCGAAGAUGCCGAAGAAACUGCGGGAGAGACGGAUGAUGACGAGCUCUAA